GCUCACUGUCUCUACUGAGCCACAACUGCUGUACUAUAGUGUUGUCUUCUCCAUCGCCAUGGCCAGUGGUGUUGCGCUGUUGCUCCUACUUCUCAUUGCCACUGUUAAAGGGUUUCCAAUCUCUUUAGAUGAUGUGGAACAUGUUGGUUGCUACAAUGAUGAAUUCGCUAAAAACAGUUUCUAUAAAAUUCACAUGCCGCUGAGUGUUAUCCAAAGUGUUAACUUUUGUAACCAUAGACUAUUAAAGUAUGUUGGAAUACAGACAAACCUAAGCUCAUUUCAUCCUGCUGAUGUGUCACCAUAUUGUGGAGAUGACAUCCCAGAAAGAUCUACAAAAUCCAACAGCUGUCAUCCAUGUGUAGACGAUUCCACCAUGUUCUGUGGAGGAGAAAACUCAAUAUCAGUCUAUAAAAUAUCUGAGCUUGCGAGCUUUAUUGUGCUACUAGCCACUGAAACUGGUAUUAAGAUGAUCGCAGAUAAUAGCAAUACCGCGUUCAACAUUGAAGGGAUCACAAAUGAUGUAAUAACCGUCGACUUCAAUUACGAGCUCGACAGUAUUAUUUUCUCUACAAACCAAGAAAUAUCAAGGUCUACAUACAAUCCUUUAUCAAUGAGGUAUUCUGCAGUAUCGACUAUUGAUUCUAAAGGUGACAGAUUCCACUCUCUUACUGUUGACUGGGAAAGAGAUACAGUUUACUACGAUGUGAAGUUGGGUAGUUAUAAUUAUAAUUCCCAUUUCAAAUUGUAUCAGGUGGAUAUUGACGGAACUAAUAUGCAGGCAAUUUCUCUAAUUGGACAAAACGAAUAUAUGAUAAUGGAUCCCUACCACAGGUUGAUCAUGUUCCUAAGAAAUGGCCAUCUUAGCUUUCUUGAACUUGGAACAAAUUCCUUGAGAAAUUUAAAUUUGAGUUUACCCAGUAUAUAUAAAAUUCACAGAAUUUCAAUAAAUACGAGGCACAAAGCAUUGUAUGCGAUUGGAGAGGCAGACACCUUAUUGUAUUAUCUAUUCAGUAUGAAUUACGACGGGUCUAAUAUGAAAAAGCUGUAUGAAGGCCCAGAGCUAAUUAAUCCUAGCGGGCUUGGAGUGGUGGACAACAAAGUUGUAUGGGCAGCCUGCAAUGAUACUAACGGCAUGGAUGUUUUGUAUAUGUGCCACUUAUCACCGAUCUGUCAGGCUAACAACAUAACAAUUCUCUACGAGUCUAGCGAGGUAAUACGUGAUGUGAAGUUGUACAGUCCAGAAGUGCAGAUGCCCAACAAAGAGAUGCUCUGCUUGCAGCUCUUCUGCUCUCACAGAUGUAAGAUGACUACGCCCUUUAUUGCUACCUGUACUUGUCCUGACGGUCUGGUGUUAGGCCCGGAUAAUACAACCUGCCUAGAAAAACCAAAACCGAAGAAGGAUCCUCAAGACAUUGGCUGCUACACGAUUUCGUACUCUGAGAGCCGACUGUACAAGGUGCAUCACCCUCUGUCUUGGGAAGAAUGUAUAAACUUGUGCAACAGAAGGAGUUCCGUAUACGCAGGGAUACAAGCAGAACAAGGGUAUCCCACAUACAAUUUUGUGUUCUGUGGCAACGACAUUAAAGAACACUCGACAACUGCUAACAGUUCUCUCUGUCUACCUUGUAUGGAUGACAAGACCCGUCUCUGCGGGGGACAAAACACGCUUUCUCUUUACCAGCUUAGAGAAUCAAAUCCCUUAGUGCUUUAUUUAGCAACUGAAAGUGGACUGAAGAUAUUUUCGACUGAAUCUUUAUCUACAGAAGCUUUAACGGGUUCGUCGUCACCUACCACAGCUGUAGGUUUUUCCUAUUGGGAAGACGAUAUCUUUUCCUUAUCUCAUCUAGGUAUUUCAAGGUUCUACUACAGCCCUUUCUCGGACAUGUACAUUGAGUCAACUCUUGUAUUCGAAUGUGAUUCCUCCAUGGCUAUAGAUUGGAUAAACAAGUACAUCUAUUGCAGGAGACAGGGAAAUUCAUAUUUGUAUGAAAUUGAUUGGACUCGUCAAAAACCACCCAGAGAAGUAAUGUCAUUCCAUUACGAUUUACAGGAAUUGGAAGUGGAUCCAUUUGCAAGACAACUCUUUUUUGUGGAGAAUGGACGACUGGGUCGUCGCUCGAUUGAUGAGGAUCUGCGUAUUGAAUAUGAUUACGAAAAACUGCAUUUAAAAAAGGUGCUGAAAAUUUCUCUUGACGUAGAACUCAAGUUUGUUUACCUGAUAGGGAUUGAAAAUGAUGAAAAUCACUGUUUGAUCAGAACCGACUACGAGUUCAAACAGAUGAGAGUGUUAUAUUGCGGAGAUCUUCUCACUGACCCGAUUUCUCUGGAUGUCGUAAAGCAAGAUGUGAUUUGGGGAUUAAACUCCGAUGAUGGUUUCUUCGUCUACAGAUGCGAGCUUACUCCGAGAUGUCUGAAAGACAAUAUACAGCGUCUCUAUCGGUCCAGCGAGUCCAUCCAUGACAUUAAAAUAUACCACCCAGAUAAGCAGCCUCACAAUGCUAUGUACCUCUGCUCAAGACUCCAGUGUUCACACAACUGUUCUGUAACUCAGGAUCAGGUCAGCUGUACUUGUCCAGAUGGGAUGUCGCUGUCUUCCGAUAACGUCACUUGCCAAGACAUUACAUCUACAACCAACCCAACAUCUGUGGAGCAGUCGGAGACUUCCAAGGUUACAGCAUCUUUCCCACACUUUUUGAUUUCGACUCCUUCCGCCGCAGUUGUGCACGAAGAACUUCCUCAGGAAUACACCAAAGCUACUCCACCGUCUAACGUCGACACAAGCAAUGAGACCAGCGAUAGACUGCCUGUCUUUGUAACGUGUGUGGUAGGAAUCUUGGCGGUAGUUUGUUUGCUGUUGUUUGUCGUGUGGAGAACUAAACACGAAUUAAUCCCGAACUUAGGGAAUAGCUACGCACAGAAUUCACAGCUGGAACUGACUCACUCGAAUGUAGCAGCAUUUGACAAUGUUUCUAAUUAAUAGGUUAAAAGUGAUUGUAAACUGAAGUCAUCGACAAUAAUAAUAUUGUUCAGAAAUA